AUGGCGGGAAUUAAUGCGAUGGAGAAGAAACUGGCUGAAUUCAAGUGUGACACUAAUGAAGCAGUAUGUCUUAAAUUGGUCAGAUUUCCUGAAGAUCUUGAAGAUGAUGGGACAACCUUCCAUCCUGAGUACAGCCACCAGACAUUUGGAGAUGAUGAGGUGGCUUUUGGAUACAAAGGGCUUCAGGUCCAGCUCUAUUAUACUGCUGGUAAUCUGAGUACCUUCUUCAAAGUGAAAUAUUCAUCCAAAGUCACAGAGAAAUUUGAGUGUGUUGAGGCUGACGACAUCGAAGGAAAGGUCAGAGACAUCAUCCCUGCUGGGUUCACGAGCAACAUUGACGACUUUGUUUCACUGUUGGACAAGGAUACCAACUUUAAGCCCUUCGGCACCCUUUUCCACUCGUACACAGUCCACAAUGAGGAGGCAGGGGAGCUCACGUACCAGAUCUACAAGGCUGAUGUCACUUGUCCAGGAUUCCAUGAGUACCAUGAGCGUUUGCAGACCUUCCUCAUGUGGUUCAUAGAGACUGCCAGCUUCAUUGAUGCCGACGACGAUCAUUGGGACUUCUUUCUUGUAUUUGAAAAGUACAAUAAAGAUGGGGAGACUCUCUACGCUACUGUUGGCUACAUGACAGUUUAUAAUUACUACGUGUACCCAGACAAAACGAGACCACGUGUAAGCCAAAUGCUCAUCCUGCCUCCAUACCAAGGAGAGGGACAUGGAGCCCAGCUGCUCGAGGCAGUGCACAAGUUUUAUUGCAACCUGCCCAAAGUACAAGACAUCACAGCUGAAGACCCAUCUGAUAACUAUGUGAAGCUCAGGGACUAUGUGCUGGCCAAACUUUGCCAGAGCUUACCAUCGUUUUCUUCUGGCAAACUGCAGCAUGGCUUUUCAGAAGACAUGGUCAGAGAGGCUCGCGAUAAGCUGAAGAUCAACAAGAAACAUGCCCGGCGAGUGUAUGAGAUCUUGCGUCUGAGAACCACAGAUAUGAGUGAUGAGGAUCAAGCUCGAGAAUAUCGUCUGGAGGUUAAGAAAAGGCUGUUUGGACCUUAUAGAAAGAAUCAACGGGAGCUGGAGAAGAUGAAGAAGUGUCUGCGUCCGGAGGAGCUGGUGUCACACAUGGGGCAGAUGGACACUCAGGUGCAGCACGAGGAGCUGGAGAAGACCUAUCAGGAGGUGGUGGGAGACUACCGCAGGAUAAUCGAGAGGCUGGCAGCACAGGCCUGA